GGCUCUGGCAGUGGCCGCAUCAGCUCCUGCUGCCCUUAAAGGCUCCAGGUGGUUAUGCCACAUUCUGUGUCGCUGUGACCGGCACUUGCCGCGGCGGUCAUGGGGUGGACAACCGGAAACUCCAGAAACCGAAAAAUGGACCCAGUGACCUUCGAGGAUGUGGCUGUGAACUUCACCCAGGAGGAGUGGGCUUUACUGAAUCCUUCGCAGAAGAAACUUUACAGAGAUGUGAUGCAGGAAACCUUGAGGAACCUGGCCUCAGUAGGAAAAAAAUGGGACAAUCAUAACAUUGAAGAUUGGUACAAAACCCAAGGGAGAAAACUAAGAAGUCAUAUGGUAGAAAAACUCUGUGAGAGCAAAGAAAGUAAUCAAGAUGGAGAAACUGUCAGCCAGAUUCCAAAUCUUAAUCUGAACCAGAAAACUCUUCCUGGAGUAAAACCAUGUGAAUGUAAUGUGUGUGGGAAAGUCUUCAUGCGUCAUUCAUUCCUUAAUAGGCACAUCAGAUCUCACAGUGGACACAAACCAUAUGAGUAUCAUGAAUAUGAGGAGAAGCCAUAUAAAUGUAAGGAAUGUGGGAAAGCCUUCAGUUACUGCAAAUCUGUUCACAGACAUGAAAGGACUCACACUGGAGAGAAACCCUAUGAAUGUAAGGAAUGUGGGAAAGCCUUCACAUGGCUCACAACCUUUCGAAGACACAUGAUAACACGCACUGGAGAAGGACCCUAUAAAUGUAAGGAAUGUGGGAAAGCCUUUAGUUGUUGCACUUCAUUUCGAGCACAUGAAAGAACUCACACUGGAGAGAAACCCUUCGUAUGUAAACAGUGUGGUAAAUCCCUCAGGUCUCCUCUAGGUUUGCGAAUACAUGAAAGAAGUCACACUGGAGAAAAACCCUAUGAAUGUAAGCAGUGUGGUAAAGCUCUCAGUUGUCCCAGUUCCUUUCGAAGACAUGAAAGGAUUCACACUGCAGAGAAACAAUAUGAAUGUAAACAAUGUGAGAAAACCUUCAGUUCUCCUCUAGGUUUGCGAAUACAUGAAAGAAUUCACACUGGAGAGAAAUCCUAUGAAUGUAAGGAAUGUGGUAAAGCCUUCAUUUCUCUUUCAAGCGUUCGUACACACAUGAUAACACACACUGGAGAUGGACCUUAUAAAUGUAAAGAAUGUGGGAAAGCCUUCAUUUGUCCCAGUUUGUUUCGAUCACAUGAAAGGACUCACACUGGAGAGAAGCCAUAUGAAUGUAAACAGUGUGGUAAAACUUUCAGUUGGCCCAGUUCCUUUCGAAUACAUGAAAGAAUUCACACUGGAGAGAAACCCUAUGAAUGUACAGAAUGUGGGAAAACCUUCAUUUAUCGCACAACCUUUCAAGGACAUGUGAGAAAGCACACUGGAGAGAAACCCUAUAAAUGUAAAGAAUGUGGGAAAGCCUUCAUUUUUCCCUCAAGUGUUCGAACACACAUGAUAAUGCACACUGGAGAUGGACCUUAUAAGUGUAAGGAAUGUGGGAAAGCGUUCAAUUUUCCCAGUUCAUUUCGAAUACAUCAAAGAACUCACACAGGAGAGAAACCCUACGAAUGUAAACAAUGUGGCAGAGCCUUCAGUUGUUACACAUCCUUUCGAACACAUGAAAAAGCUCACACUGGAGAGAAACCUUAUGAAUGUACAGAAUGUGGGAAAGCCUUCAUUUAUCGCACUACCUUUCGAGGGCACGUGAGAAUACACACUGGUGAGAAACCCUACAAAUGUAGAGAAUGUGGGAAAGCCUUCAGUCGACGCAGUUCCUUUCGAAGGCAUGAAAGAUCUCAUACUUAAUAGAAACCUCUUGAAUGUAAGCAAUGUGGGGAAAACAUCAGUCGGCCUUCAUUCUUACAUGUGAAAACUCCCACUGGAAAGAAACCCUAUAUGUGUAAGAAAUCUGAGAAAGCCUGAUACAAAUUAAUCCAUGUAUAAUGUUCCAGAAAAAAAUAACAUGAAAAUAAUUCUUAGAGUUAUAUUGUGUUUAUCAGUGCCUCAUUCUUAAAGGGGAUCUCUCGACUGGAUAUUUACUAUUUACGUUCAGAAAUGAACACUGAAGUGAGAGAAUUCUGUAAGUACUCUGUAAGCAGUACUACAUAAUGAUUAACAGGUAUUGUUUUGCCCUUAAAUCAGUUAACAUUUUUUUCUUUUCAUUUUGAAGCCUGUUUGAUCCAUGGUUGAAUUGACAUGUAUUUCUAAUAUGCAGGUUGGUUUAAUUUUUAUGUUUUGAUUGUUUUGUGUGGGGAUAUUGAUAAAUGACAUUUUGGUAUUUGUUGGGAUUUUCGUACUGGCCUCCUGUAGUGCCAGGUAUUGGAUAUUCCUUACCCAUAUAUAGUCCAUCCUCCUUAUGAGAAAAUCUACUCUUGUUUUGGCCAGAAGAGCCUUAUUUCAUUUUCCUUGCUAGUAAAAGAUGGCAUAAAUUUGUAAAUAUCAUAGUGUAUAUAGUCUCAUGUGAAUUAUUUCUAUGUUUUGCCCUUUGCUCUUUGUCAUUCCUUCUGGCUAGGAUUUGAAUAAUAAAGAGUUUGCAUUAACACAUCAUUGACCAGGGGAUUUUUGCAGAAACUAACACCUGUGGCCGGUGAUUUGUUAUGUAAAUGAAUAUUGAAACACCCACGUUUGAGUAAAUAUCAACAACUUUUUUUGCACUUAAUGUAUUUAUUUGAAACUUCGUACCUGUCUUACUUAAAGCAUUCUAAUAUUUCUUUAGAGUGUGAUAGGCAGUAUAGCAAGCACCUCUGUGCAGGGGAACAAAACAUCUAUUACAAACAUAGUGUGUUUCACUGCGCUUUCCCCUGGAAGAGCAGACUUUCUGGCGGCAUUUUUUUUUUUUGGUCCUAUGGGUAUUAUUUUCUCUAAAAUAUGUUCUUUUAUUUUACCUGAUAGUCAACAAGGUGGAUCU